AUGCGACACGGGAAAAUCGCUCCUUUUGAAUUUUCACGUCGUGGUGGUGCUGAUAUCCCCGUGCAUAGCAAAUGCGAGCAAUCGCGCAAGCGGAAACUGCGCGAACUCUACAGCUACACGACGCUGCUGAGCGCCCGCCGCCCGCUCACCCCCCGCGACUGGGCCUUGCCAGACGAUCCCCAGCCAGACGAGGCCCGCUUUCUCGACCAAAAUGACAUUGCAAAACACCGUCGCUUCAACGAUGCAUCUCUACCACAUCCAACCUUUACUGCCCCUCCCUCUCUCCCGGCUACAUUGCCUUUCCACCAACCUGCAAAGCCCGCCUCUCCUACACCACCCGCGAAAUCGCUGCCGUCGCCAAUCGCCGUCCCCAGCCUGGAGGAACAGCUGCGCGCCGCCUCUGCCUCGCCGUCUGGCGCCAUCCAGCCCAAUCCACCUGUAGAGCAGCCCGCCAAGGUCGAUUCAAAUGUCUCUUCGAAACCCCCAUCGCCUUCACUCCCGCCCAACGAUCAGCCAUCCCCGGCUCCAGUUCCUUUGGUCGAACCCCAGGCAGCAAACCAAGAUUCACCUCCCAACUCCGUAUCCACCUCCACGCAACCUGACCAACCCCUACUUGUGGAAAACCCCGUUCAAGCAAUCCCCGUGCCAGAUGGACCAUCAGUCGAUCCCAAAGUCGCCAUACCGCCCUCGUCUGAAGACGUUGCUGCCCUACCGGAAGCCGUGUUGAACCAGCAAGAGAAGGAAGAUACGCCCAAAGCACCGCAAGUAGUUCACCUACCCCCGGAGGAAGUCCAGGAGGCAAGGCUGCAAGAGACGGAACAGAAGCUGGACAAGGCGGCUGAGAAAGAAACAAGAGAAGAGGAAAAACUGGCGUUACCAACCGCGAACGGCCACACCGACCAAGCUUCAUCUCCAUCUUCGACUGUGGGUCCUUACUCACAAGCAACACCCCAUGCUCCUCACCACUCGCCUGACACAAGCCCGGAGACAGAAUCUUUCCAUGAUCGCGUGCAGACCCAGUCUGAAGUUCGCAGCAUACUUGACCCAGCAACACAGAAAGCCAAGGAUGACCACGAACGUGCAUUGCAACAACAAAUGCGAGAGGCAAGGGAAAAGGCACGCGCAGAGAGCCCUGGCGCGGACGAUGUCGAUAAGCAAAUCGAAGACGAGCAGGCUGUUCGUCGAGCAAGAGACGGAAAAGGGCGGUUAAGCGAACCAGAAUCUGCUCCAGCUCCAGGCCCAGAAGCAUUGACGAAUCAUGCUGCGGAUGUUGUACGGGAAACAGAGGUUGAGAUAUCGGAGGCAGGUGUCCCUAAAAUAAACGGGGAGCCUGCGGCUGAUUCUCUUCCUACGCCCACCACUACGGCACCCGAGCCAUCUACCGUCGAAAACGAAGCCUCCGAUACAUCAAAAGCCAAUACAAUGAAACCUCACGAACCGACUACUGCUGCUGAGCAUCCCACUCCACCUGCCGAAAUCGAUGAGGACAUUGUGAUGAAUGAAGUCCCGCCCGCACCCGCCGCCGAAGAAAAGCAGGCCCGUUCGUCCCCGUCGCACCAAGAUCGCAUGACGACCCGUGUCUCAUCUGGUGCCCUCCGACAAAAGUCUGUCAGUGAGAUCAUUGCUGGCAGAAAUGAGCAGUCGGGACCAAAGUCGGUUCUCACCCCACAAUCUAGUAGCCUUUCCACGUCUGCUAGUCCCAGACAGCCAGUUCGAGAACCGAAACGCAAAGCGGUAUCGACUGUUGUUUUCGCAAAGCCAGACCUCAACAAGGCGGCAAAGGCAUUGCAACUCUUUAGCGAGGACUAUGCCUCUCUGCACGGCGCUUCUGAAGAUUCAAGUAGGGAUUAUCUUCAGGGACUAUUCCAGUAUCAAGCACAUCAUCCUCCUCGCUCAAAACCACUACAAGAUCUCGUUAGCUCGGCGCAAAAGACACUGUCCACCGCUGGUACGUUGGCUAUGAUCAGGGAGCAGCAAGACUACAAGAUUCUGAAAAGGGUCUAUCAACUGCAAAACGCCAAUCGAUGGUCACUACGACAGUUGCAAAAAUCGGCCGAACCAGAACGUCCCAUCACUCACCAAGAUCAUUUGCUUGCUGAGAUGAAAUGGAUGCAAACGGAUUUUCGAGAGGAGAGAAAAUGGAAAAAGUCCUUGGCUGCGACUUUUGCGGGGUGGUGUGCCGAGUACGUCAACAGCUCAGCUGAAGAGCGGGUGUCGUUACGGGUAAAGGCUCGCAUUCCCAAACAACAUUCAGUCGAUGAGGAUAUGAAUGACGCGCCGACUCCCGAUCUCAUUCAUUCUGGCGCAAACGAAACCGAGAACGAGUCCUUCCAAGACGAAGAGGAAGUUCGUAGCCCGUUGAUGUCGAGCAUUCCCGCUGGACUGUUUUCGCUCGGAUUUGAUGAAGUCGUGAUAAAGAUAGAUCGAACACCAGCCAGCGAUUCGUUGUUCCAGGAAUUGCCGUGGUACGAGCCCAUGCUCGAAGGCGCGAACGAUGUCACACCGCUUUCCUUCGUCGACCCACCCAUACUGCCCGUUUCCAAAUUCGUCACCGGCAAACUAGUAUCUCAGGUCAGAGGGCCUCCUAGGAAGCGUAGUCGAUACGAAUACGAUUCCGAAGAUGAAUCGUCUUCUCCUCCGAGUCGCUCGGGCACUUCGGCGGAGCACUCAAUGCCAUCUACGCCCGGGAGGAGACUUUUCCAUCGCAACGAUCUACCACCUGAGAUGAGCGACGUUGCUCUCUUCAACCCCGAAAAUAGACACAUUCGCGACCGCCUUCAGGCAGCACAUCAAUUCCGGCCACCUACCGAGUUUCCUAUGCCAUCUGUGUCGUUCUUCGAGAACCGAAACUCUUCGCAGUGGCUAUGGGACGAAGAUCAAAAACUGCGCGCUCUUGUCAAGGAGUACACGUUCAACUGGUCACUGGUUGCCCAGCAACUUGACCUGCCAUCACUGUUUACUUCAGGCUCUGGCCGACGAACACCCUGGGAGUGUUUUGAACGCUGGGUACAGCUGGAGGGUCUGCCAGCCGAAAUGUCAAAGACUCAGUAUUUCCGCACAUAUCAAAGCCGUCUCGAGCAAGCCCAAAAGACUGUCCUCGCGCAGCUCCAAGCUCAGCAGCAGCUCCAGCAGCAGCAACAAGCAAAUGGACAGAACGUAUCUACCGGGCAGCCGCGAAGGCGGACAACUCAACCGAUCCGCGUCGAACGGCGCAGGGAGAACAGGCAUCUUGCUAUCAUUGAUGGUAUGCGGAAGUUGGCCAGGAAGCGAGAGUCUUUGGCUCAUAAGCAAGCCGAAUCGGCGAAGGCUGCUCAGAUGCGGAAGCAGCACGAUACUGCAACCCCCAAGAACAACCUCCAGACACCCCAGGAAGUCAGCCGUCUUAAGUGGGAGCGUGAGGAAAAACAGAAGCAACGAACCCUGCAAAUCCAGCUUGAGAUGCAUCAGAAGCGGGAAAUGGCAGCACGUCAACAACAGCAGAUGCAGCAAGCCGCCCAAAACGGCAUGCACAAUGGUGUAAACCAGCGCAAUGCGAUGCAUCCCAACAAUCCGAAUGCCGCCAUGAUGGGAAACCCUACCCAGCAAGGGAUGGGUGCUAAUGCUGCUGCCAUGGCUGCUCGAGCCCAGCAAAACCAACAUGCUAUGCAAGGCAGCAACUUUCCAAAUGCCAACAUGAACGGCAUGUCUAUGGGCUCCUCUGGUGUUCCUCAGGCGCAGAUGCAGGCCAAUAUGCCAAACAACCAACGAAUGGCGCCUCCCGAACAGGUUCGGCUGGCGAUGCAGAGAGGGCAAUACAAUACUAAUCAGCAACAUCAAUUCCAGCUGCAACAGCAGCAGAUCAAUGCUGCGAGCAAUAUGACGCAGAAUAUGGGUAUGAAUGGGAUGCCUAAUGCAAACAUGGUAGCUGCCAUGAACGGACAGAACCACAACGGAAAUAUGAAUAGUAACAUGAACGGUAGCAUGAACGGCGGCAUGAAGAAUUCCAUGAACGGCGGCAUGAACGGCAACACGAAUGGUAAUAUGAGCGGCAUGUCCAACAAUGGCCAAUCUCCUCGCUUGAACCAGGCCAACCCUGCCAUGCAAUCCCAAGCGCGACCCCUGUCCAGCGGCCACGUGCCAACAAUUUACCAAUUCCAACAUGCCAUCAAGCAGCAGCAUCCCGAGUGGAGCGCAGAUCAGAUCCAGAAAGUUGCAUCCGAUAACCUAGGUCGAUUUAUGAACUCGCAACGAAUGCAGGCUCUGAAGGCGGCUUCUGGCCCUUCAAGCAGUUCUCUAUCACCACAGAUGGGGAACAACAUGUACCUGCAAAAUGUGCAAAACGGCAACAUGAAUGCUAAUAGUCCCUCACCCUCUUCCGUGCAAGACUAUAGGGCACAUCUUGUUCAGCAGCAGCAGCAAAUGCAGCGGAUGGCAGGCAGUCCGGGUAUGAGCGCAGCACAGCCCAGUCGAAGCGCCACCCCGCAGAAUCCAAACAUGCAGCAGCAGAGCCCUGGUGUCCAGCAAAGCCCCAGCAUGCAGCCGGCGCAGAACAAUCGGACUUGA